AUGAAGCGACGGAAGCUAAAAGGCUGAAACCUGGUGAGAUUGAUCCCACACCAGAGACAAAGCCUGCUCGCCCGGAUCCAGUCGAUAUGGAUGAUGAUGAGCUGGAAAUGCUUUCCGAAGCUCGUGCCAGGCUUGCGAACACACAAGGAAAGAAAGCAAAGAGAAAGGCUCGUGAACGGCAGUUGUCGGAGGCUCGUCGUUUGGCUUCACUUCAAAAGCGUCGUGAAAUGCGAGAAGCAGGAUUGCUUGUUCGACGAUUCAAAAGACUGAAGAAAAACGCCAUUGACUACAGUGGAGAGAUACCCUUUGAAAAAGCAGUUCCCGCUGGUUUCCACGACCCAACAGAAGACCGUUUCGAUAAGGACGAUUUACAUCAGAGGGCUAUUGCGGAUCAUCAGAAGCCGAGAAGGAUGGAGGUGGAGAAUGAACUGCGAAAACAGGAUAGAGAGAAGCUCAAGAGAAAAAAGCCUGAGGAUGAGCCAGAAUCGAUUUUCAAAACGAAGGAAAAGAAAAGAAGCAAGUUGAUCCUACCUGCUCCUCAGAUCAGCGAUCGCGAAAUGGAGCAGAUCAUCAAAAUUGGACACGCUAGUGACAGUGUUCGCCAGUACGCUGAUAAUGGU